ACACUCACGCAAACACGCGGGCGCGGGCGCGCGCACUCCUUCUCUCCCUCCCUCUCUCCCUUUCUCGCGCACACCCCUCCGCCCAGCCAGCCGACUUGGACGAGGUGAAGCGGGGACUCCAGCUGCUGGCGAUACCAGUGACGGGGCUGCCUCGUCCCUCCUUCAGUCACUGAGGGCAGCAGCAACCGCCACGGCCUGGGAAAGAAAAGGAGGCGCUCCCCCCGCGUCCCAAAGAGAGAGGCAGAGAACUCGCAGGGGCGAAUCGUGAGGAGAAUAAAAGGGUUCCGGCGGAGGAGACGCUGCUGCUUCCAGGGGAAGGGAGCAGCGCCGCCACCCGAGUGGGCGGGCAGGACCUGCGGGCCGGACGGCGGGGGGUUUGGGGGCGUGAGCUGCGUUUGGUUGGCGGCGCUGCGGGGCGGCCCGCCCGCGUCCCCCAUCCCCGGCUGGGCGGCGGCGGCGGCGGGACCAUGGCGCUGCUGCGGGCCCGCGCGCUGUACGACUUCAAGUCGGAGAACCCGGGCGAGAUCUCCUUGCGGGAGCACGAGGUGCUGAGCCUGUGCAGCGACCAAGAGAUCGAGGGUUGGUUCGAGGGGGUCAACAGCCGCGGAGACCGGGGCCUCUUCCCAGCCUCCUACGUGCAGGUCAUCCGAGCGCCCGUGGCCGAGCCGCCCGCGCCUCUGCCAGUGCCGGCCCCGGCCCGCUACGCCAAUGUCCCCGGCGGAGGCUUCGAGCCCCUGGCGGCGGUGGUGGCGGCGACGUCGCCCGCCACAGCCUUCAGCAACCCUCCGCCGGCCCAGCAGCACCACCAUCACCACCACCAGCAGCAACACCAGCAGCUCCCUCCGCCGGCAGAGCCCUUCCAGCUGCUGCCUCCUCCACCGGCAACGUCGGGCUUCCCUUCCUUUCAAGCCGUGCCUUCCUCCUAUGGAGGGUCCUCCUAUCAGACCAGCCAAGGCAGCGACGACGACUGGGAUGAUGACUGGGACGACAGCUCGACGGUGGCGGACGAGCCGGGCGUCCUGGGCAGCUCAUACCCAGACUAUGAAAAUGCAGGGAUGGGGGUUGGAGCCCCCGGUGGCUCCUCUGGCAGGUACCGCCUCUCCACCCGCUCCGACCUGUCACUGAGCUCCCGGGGCAGCCAGCCUGGCGCUCACCUGCACCACCCGGCCGCUGGCGGCGCCAAGAGCACAGCCACGGUGAGCCGCAACUUGAACCGCUUCUCCACUUUCGUGAAAUCCGGUGGUGAGGCCUUCGUGCUCGGAGAGGCAUCGGGAUUCGUAAAGGAUGGUGACAAGCUGUGCGUGGUGCUGGGCGCCUAUGGGCCCGAGUGGCAGGAGAACCCUUACCCUUUCCAGUGCUCCAUCGAAGACCCCACCAAGCAGACCAAAUUCAAGGGCAUGAAGAGCUACAUCGCCUACAAGCUGGUGCCGAGUCACACUGGGCAGCAGGUGCACCGGCGCUACAAGCACUUUGACUGGCUCUAUGGGCGCCUGGUGGAGAAGUUUCCAGUCAUCUCGGUGCCGCAUCUGCCAGAGAAGCAGGCCACGGGGCGCUUUGAGGAGGACUUCAUUUCCAAACGCCGCAAAGGCCUGGCCUGGUGGAUGGACCAUAUGUGUAGCCACCCGGUGCUUGCGCAGUGUGAUGCCUUCCAGCAUUUCCUCACCUGCCCAAGCACCGACGAGAAGGCCUGGAAGCAGGGCAAGCGGAAGGCUGAGAAAGACGAGAUGGUGGGCGCUAACUUCUUCCUCACAAUUAGUGUGCCUACUGGUGGUCCUGCUGCUCUGGACCUGCAGGAGGUGGAAAGUAAAAUCGAUGGCUUCAAGAGCUUCACCAAGAAAAUGGAUGACAGCACCAUUCAGCUGAACCAGACAGUCAAUGAUUUUGCUCGUAAGCAGGUUACUGGCUUCAAGAAGGAGUACCAGAAAGUGGGGCAUUCCUUCAAGGGCCUCAGCCAAGCCUUUGAGAUGGACCAGCAGGCUUUUUCAGUUGGCCUCAAUCAGGCCAUUGCCUUCACUGGGGAAGCUUAUGAUGCUAUUGGUGAACUCUUUGCGGAGCAACCCAGACAGGACCUGGAUCCAGUGAUGGAUUUGUUAGCUCUGUAUCAAGGACAUCUGGCCAAUUUCCCAGACAUAAUCCAUGUCCAGAAAGGAGCCCUUACCAAAGUGAAGGAAAGUAAGCGGCAUGUAGAAGAAGGGAAGAUGGAGGUUCAGAAAGCCGAUGGCAUUCAGGAUCGUUGUAACAUUAUUUCUUUUGCCACCCUAGCAGAAAUCCACCAUUUUCACAAAAUUCGAGUGAGAGACUUCAAAUCACAAAUGCAGCAUUUCUUACAACAGCAAAUACUUUUUUUCCAAAAAGUGACACAGAAGCUAGAAGAAGCUCUUCACAAGUAUGACAGUGUUUAAUAUGCUUAUUUCUUGGACUUUGAAUAAUGGAUAUUUUUAAGCUUGUGGAUGGAAUGAACAACAGAUACAAACUCCACUCUCAAGUAUCUCUUGACACCUUUUGGGAUGGUGUACAAGGAUGAUUUUGUAAUCUGUUCUGGAGUCCAACUGAACCUAAAAUUGCCUAAGGAGGACAUAAUUAUGCCUAUAUAGUGGAGACUGUACUACACAUUGUAACUAAGUUAUACUCCAAAUGCCUACACUACCAUUGUAAUGUUUUUGAAAUAAUGAUUAUACUAUUUGCCUUACUGCUUUUUUGAAAUACGGUAUUUUAGUGCAUAAUAUGCUGUAGACCUCAAAACCUUUUGGGUCUUUAAGGAAGUUGGUUAGAUAAAAGCCUGCUUCAGAUGCCUUUUUAAAAUUCUCUUCGGUAUGAAUUUUUAAAUUCAGCCAAUUCUCUGUUUACAAAUUCCUGUUAGAGCAGCUAUGCGAUUUUGUGCCUUUAGAAUUACAGUUUUUCAUUAUUAUUAUUUUUUAGUAAACCACAUUUCUAUGACUGAUUGAAUGAAGGGUUGGCACCUCUGAUAGGGCCUGAUUUCAAACCUCACAGUGACAGAAAAAUAACUUGUCAUGUAACUUGCACACCUAGGUAUUAUGAUAAAUUUUGGCUGGAAAAAAACCCAGGAUUUAAAAUCAUUUUAGACUUUGUGCUGAUUAAAAAUACUAUUUAUUAUUUGUACCAGUAUCUUAAAUCUACAAGCAAGAAAUCAGCACUGCUGUAUUUCCUUUCUUAACAUGACAACAUAAAAUGUUUCCCUGUAACAUGUCUUUGAAUAGAAACUUUGGACCACUUAUCUAAUAAAAGAAUACUGAAGUAUAUCAGUGGGAUAAGAGUAGAGGAUCAGUGGCUCAUAUUUGUAUGUAUGUAUUGUUUGUGAUAAUUGCUUAGCGUGGCAGCUGAUUUAUUUGGUUAUAAACCUGGUGUUACAAUGUCAACUGAAACUUGCAAAUCACAAUUUGCCAGUGUGGCCAAAACAGUCACACUAUCCUAAAACUGCCUCUGUAGGAGUGUGCUUUGUGGCAUAAUAUGCCUUGGCCAUCUGCAAUAUCAGCAGCGGCAUUGUAGUGUGCCUAAGGACUUACCUAAGCCCACAAUUAAUUUUUUUAAAAAAGUUACCCCAAUUGGAAUUUCUUAAGUCAAAUAACAAUAAUUUUGAAAUACUGUCUUUAUCCUAUAAGUCUGUUUCCUUUUAAUGUAAUUAACUAACCCACAGAAAGACGCAACUGGUUCUGCAAGCCAAAGGGGCUUUGGAUUUCAGUUCCUUAAAUAACAACCACUCGUACUGAAUGCCAAAAACAAACAAACAUCAACAACUCCUUUAAUCAGUUUUAAAAGUAGGUCUGCUCCUGCACACAAAAAACAAAAAUCCUUGUGGUUUUGUGGCCCCAUACAUUGAUAGGACAAGCUUACUUCCAACUUUAAAGCAACUGCUAAUAUGGAACUUUGCAACUCUAGUAGCACAGGUGUGGGAACAAUAUCACCCGUACAAGAAAAUUUACAAGGUUCUUUCUCUUAUUAACUACAUUUUUAAUGUAUGUGCAUGUUGUAUAAAGGGGGGAGGGAGAGAGAGAGACAGAGCGUAAUGGCAAUUCAUCAUGUUGACAUAACAAAAGUCAAGCUUGUACGUUUUGCUGUAAGAUGAAAUACUAGUUGUUCUAUGGCACUAGUCUUCCUGGUUUCACUGUUUCACUGUUUCAUUUCCUGGUUUCAACCAAGGAAGAAAAAAAAUGCAGUCAGAAGACAAAUUCCCCAUCUCAUCACACAAUGGGGUUACCUACUAAGUCUGAUGAUUUAAAGUAAAGAAAUAAUGUGAGUACUUCCAUACAUAUUUGUGCAAAAGGUACCACAUUAUCAUAUUUUCACUUUCAAGCUAUGCUAGAGUAUCCUGAAACAAAUCUAUGUGGCAUUGUACAUCGUAUUGUACAUGGGAUACCUUGACUACUAGGAAUUUGUCCUGUGACCAACAAGCUGAGGAUGAAGCACAGCCUUUGAACCUACCAUGCUCAGGCAUGCAUGCUAGGUUUGGGGGGCAUUUUUCUUUGGUCUCAUGGAUUUCUUUAUUUACUGAGGAAGGUUCUUUCAUUCCUUAUGCAACAAUCCUUCAGUUUCUGGCUCUUUUAUUGGACACUUAUCUAGCGUAUAUUAUGUUCAUAUUGCAUCACCGUUUUUCAUGGAUUCAUCACGGAUACGGGGAAAAGGUGAAGAAAAUUAACUUCUAAUGCUAAACUGAUGUGCGGACUCCAAAGCUUUAGUCUUGCUCCCCCCCCUUCAGAACAGAUUAUAUGGGGCAAUCUAGUUUCUCCAUGUGGGGCUAGGAGUGCAUACCUUUCAGAUGUUUAGCAGGCCUGCCAUUACACAGAGUAGGCCAAAGUUGCUGUGAUGUGUGAAGAUGGUGCACAAAUCAACCUCUGUAUAUUUUUAUUUAUAACAACCAUUUUAUAUGCCAUCAUUUUGGGCGCCACUCAGCAUUAUAAAGACAUAAUAAGAUCAACAAAUAAAGCUAGUACUGUACAGUAAAGGCAUCAGUAGCAGCAGCAACAUUCACUGCCACUAAAACCCUUUAACCUUAAGCAUAAUAAAACAUAGGCCAGACUAAAAUAAACAUAAGAGCCCUGCUUGAUCAGACCAAACGCCUAUCUUGUUGAGCAUCCUCUUCUCAAAUUGACUAGUCAGAUACCUAUGGGCAAGCCACAUGCAACUUUAGAGCAACAGCUCUCUUCCCCACUUAGGAUUCAUACCAACUGGUAUACAGUAUAUUGCCUCUGACAGCGGGGGUAGAGCAUAGCAAUUGUGGCUCAUGCCCAUUAAUGAAUGUGUCUUCUACAUCUUGUGGAAGCAAAAUUCAUAAUUUAACUGAGUUGUAAGAAAAAGUUCUCCGAAAAGAUUCUGAUACAAAGACACCCAGUCCUUAAAAGGCAAUUCUUUAAAACUGGUAUACAAUUAUGCAGCGUUGAGGGUCAUGUGGCUUUUGAAGUAUUCCUCAGAACCUCUGCUUCGAUGUCCAGGACAGACAUGUUUGCACCGUCCUUUAAGUGGGAACACAUUAUUUUAAGUUGAAAAGAGAUUCCUUCCAUGAGAUCUGCAGAGACAGUGAAAGCGGCCUGAAGAACAGGUUUGAAGGGACUUUAGCAGUAUUCCCUCUGCAUAAAAUCUCAGGGCUUCCCCCCCUUCUCCUUUGAACUUUCCUUGUGAUAAAGGCCAAGCAAAUAGAUUGUUCCAUGAGUUAUGCAUGUAUAUGGAGCAUUGAGUAACAUUGUGGCUUUCAUUUUAGUAAGUGUUGUCACUGGAUCUUCCCAGCAAAUUUAGGAUGAUAGUCAGAUUUUAAAAACCCAAGGGAAGGGGAGUGAACAUGUAACUUAGCUUAGGGAUAACUAACUGUUCAUAUGGUUGCAUUCCGCAACUUGUUACUGUUUUCAAUGGAAUGUUUUCCAUUGCCAGUGACCACAAGUUAACUGUUGCUCGGAACUUCUUGUUUCUUUUAAUGGGAAAUGGGUAACUUUUCAUGUUGAGCUGCUUCUCUCCCUAAACACUGAAUGAUACCGUGCUAAGAACAGAUGUGGCUUCUUCAGUGGACAGAAGUGUGCCUUUACUAUUUGCUUUGCUGAAUUCAGUGCAUGGUCGUGCUGUGUCCACAGCUUAUAGUAGGGGACAGACUGGAUUCCAGACAGUUGUGUUUAUAUCUUUUUAGUGGACUGACUUGCUACAAUGCUAUAGCAAGCUCUUGAGUCUUUUAGAAGACUCAUUCACACACCACACUGAACACAGGUACAAUCUGUACAGUACAGAUGUACGAGUGUUUGUGUGUAAGAGAAUAUGCUUGUUGAUUUUCACAGAUCAGCUGGUGGGGACAUGGGUACACAAACUGUACAUUUGGUAAAUGUUACAUGUGAAUAACUACAAGUGCACAGCUCAGAUGUCAGAAUAUACAGGUACACAGAUGGUACGAUUGUUGAAUAGAACAUGUGAACACCCCUGAAGUCAUCUUUAUUCUAAUGUAAUUGGGGUGGCAGGAGAUAGUGACCAAGUGGAAUUGAACUCUCUGCACAUCAGAAUUAAAGAACCUUCCUCGGUAAAUAACAAAUCCACAAGGCCAAAGAAAAAUACCCCCCCCAAAAAAAAACCAGUUAUCAUUCUCACAUUUUGCCCUGUCUUAGCUUGGAACAUCCUCCUUCAAAUGGGUGGGCAUGUUUAAAACACAUUUAUGGUUUCUUGAAGAAGAAGAAGAAGAAGAAGAAGAAGAAGAAGAAGAAGAAGAAGAAGAAGAAGAAGAAGAAGAAGAAGAAGAAGAAGAAGAAGAAGAGUAGUUUGGAUUUGAUAUCCCACCUUUCACUCCCCUUAAGGAGUCUCAAAGUGGCUAGCAAUUUCCUUUCCUUUCCUCCCCCACAACAAACACUGUGAGGUGAGUGAGGCUGAGAGACUUCAGAGAGGUGUGACUAGCCCAAGGUCACCCAGCAGCUGCAUGUGGAGGAGCGGGGAAGCGAACCCAGUUCACCAGAUUACGAAUCCACUGCUCUUAACCACUAUACCACGCUGGCACUAAAGCCAAAGUAACUGAUAUUUAGGCUUCUGUGACAUCACAGCAGCAAUGGCCAGUGAACUAGAAGUUAAUGAGCAGCAUUUGUUUACUCCAGAUUUUGUCUUUUGGGAGUUUCUGGUUGUUUUUCGGCAGUGGCAAAAUUGCUGUGUUUGUUUUGGUAUUUUUUGUUUUUGUAAUUUUUCACACUUUGUGCUUUAAUUUGACAUCUCCGUAUCUGGUAGCAGCAGCAACAGCUUGCCCUUGUGACCGUGGGUGCCUGGGGCCGCAAUGCGUCUCUGGGACAUGUGCUCAUUCUACCUCAGCACUUUGUGGGUGCCUUGUCCCCCCCCCCAUUUAAAAUAUUGAGGGGACUAGGGCACCAAGGAGUUGGUGUGCCUGUCUGGUAGCGAUGAAAGGCACACAAAAUCCUGUUUUCCAUUCAAGCCUUAUGGCACUAGUAGGACAAAAAGAAAUGCUGGAUCCUAUGUAUGUUUGUUCAACAGUAAACCCUACCGGAGCUUACUCCCAAAUCAAUGUGCUUAGGAUUGUAACCUUAAAUAUUUUGAACUGUUGUCAUUAAACAGAAGGUUCCACCCUGAGAGCUUUCCCAAGUGGAAGGUUGCAGUUUCAUUGCAGUUUUGAUUGGGCCAUAGCAAUGCAAUGUUACCCAGCUUGAUCUCUUGGAAUGGUGAAGUAGCCAAACAUAAAUAAAUAGUUCAGCUAAUAUUAAAUGGAAAGAGUUAUAUAGAAGUACUUGGCAGUUGUGGAAAGUAGGAGCCUGUGGGGAAAUGGAUCAAAGAUACAAAAAGGCCUGGCAAGCUGGAGAGCUUCCAGGGCAGACUUCUAACAACCAUCUGAACACUCCCUGAUUCAUGUAACUAGCAGGGCAUGUGACUUUAUAGUGGUUCGCUUAAAGCCUCUUACAGCUGACCUUUGUUAAGGCAUCUUUUAAUUGUGCUGACACUUUCUGAUGACUAAAGAGAACACGAGGUUUUGUGUUCUCCUGUGAUUACUCAUGCACUAGGAACCUUGUUAGCACCAACCUUGCAGUAAAGAGCAACUCUUACAACACACUGUCUGGUUUCCUGCAUUCCUACUGUUGGCGCCUCUCCAAAUUCAACCUCCCACGUGAAAAAGAAAACUGAACACUUUAAUUGCAGCAGUUUGCUCUGAAAAUUUGGGGGCUUUUGUAGUGCAACAAAUAAAGCUAAUCCAGAAUCACAGUUUAAAUACUUUGCGGUGUUAAUUAGUUGAGGUUAGACAAAUGUACCGGUAUAUGUGCUCUAACAAAGCAACCAUCCCAGGCCUCACACAUUUUUCAGCCGAGGCUGUGGAAGUGUUUGCAAUAACACCAACUUGCUGAGAUUUCACUAUGUAGACAUCAGCUGAGCCCUCAUUCCUGUGCCAAAGUAAAUAGUCAUAUAGUUUUGUAUUGCAUUAGUAUGUACAGCACAGCCUUAUGGGAAAGUUUCAAAACUUUGAGUGUGCCCAUGUUUAUGUUGCUUUUAUAGACUAGAUUUUAAUGGGGUUUGCAUGGGAGUUGAGGUUUAUGUAAUGAAACAAUAGAGAUGUUUCUGGUGUCUUUAUGGGGGUCCUGCUGUGCCAAAGUAAUGAUUCCAUUCCUCAUCCUGAUUCAUGGUCAACAUUUCAUGCUUCAGAAAUUAUAUGAGCCACAGUAAAACUCAUGAACACUUUAAUGCCAAUGGUGCGCAAUCCAAUAAAAGCUGGGGGAGGCUAACUCUCAUUUAAAUCAAUGGGACUUAAAUACAAGGUGUGACCAGAAAGUUCAGUGAAUGGUCACAGAAAUCGGACAGCAAGAAAGAUACAAUCGGCAUCAGAGGCCCAGGAAAUGCUCACAACUGUGUACAGAGAUGAAGCUGUAACUCGAAAGACAGUGUUUAAGCAUUUCCAUGAAGUGUGGCAAACCAUUAAAGAUGACUCAGUCUGGCAGACCGUCGGCGAGCAGAACGGUGACAAAUGUUGACAGAGUUCGUGAGAUAUUGAUGCGGGAUCAGCAUUUGUCCAUCCGAAUGAUAGCGGAAGAAUUGCAUAUUCUGCAUGAAAUCAUUACUGAGGUUACUGAGUUGUCCCACCCUCCUUAUUCUCCCGAUCUGGCCUCACCGGAUUUCUUUCUUUUUCCAAAACUGAAAUUACACAUCGAAGCUGCUGUGAUGAGGAAAAUGAAAGCAGUACGAAAAGAGGACUUUUCCAGAAGUUUCCAACAGUUCUACGAACGUUGUCAAUGGUGCAUUGUAUCAGAGGGGGGCUACUUUGAAGGCCUGUGAGGUAUGUAUGUUCAAAUAUUCUGAUUUCUGUGACCAUUCAUCAAACUUUCCGGUCACACCUUGUAUGUUACAAUACAACGCAAUCCAGACCACGUGCUUUAGGUGGCCACGUACAUUACUUCAGUUUUGAAGCACACAAUCAACAUUUAUUUUCUCCCUUCCACCCGCCAUCAUUCCAUGUUUUAUAACUCCAUCUAUCUUCCUGACACAUUCGAGGAAAACAGAGAAACAAACCCAGUUUUCCAACUGAGCACAUGCAGUUUCACAUCUUUAUGUGAUUUUAGUAUUUAUAUGCUGAGAAUACUUAAUACACUCAGAAUAUUAAUCAUUGCACCAUCAUGACUACUGAAAUAAACUGGAGUUUGCUACGGCUACCUUGAUGAUAUUUACUUUGGAAUGAUCGCCAUUUUGUGGUAGGGGAGGAUAAUAUAUGUUUAAAGUAAAAAGAUUGUAGGAUCACCACAUGGAACUAUAUGCAUGCCCAGUCAGCCACUGAAGGUUUUUUGUUUUGUUUUGUUUCUUUAAGUAAGUAAGAAAGAAUGCUGCAGUGACCAAUAUCACCAUUGAAGGGCCCUGCCCAUGCCCUCAA